AUGCUCUCACCGGGCAAGCUCUUGUCUACUGUAGCAGUCGCACUUCUCGUCCUCGGUAGCGUGGCCGCUGCGGACACGCCAACGUCUCCGACUUCUUCUUUGCGCCUGAGCGAUCUCACAACUAAAGACGACCAGUCCGAGGCUGCAAAUAGGGACGCUCAAGCUGACGAUGAACGAUUAUGGCCCGUGAUCUAUGCUCAUGUGAUUGCGCGUCCAUACAUCGAUAACCUCGCCAAGGAUCCGCAGCACCCCGAGCCGCCGAAACUGUCGGAAGAGAAAAAACAGGCUCAGCAACAACUGCUGCUGCUCAGCGGGAAGCGUCCAGACACGCAUUUCGAGACGUGGCUGCGGUACCUUUCAGAAGACGAGGACAAGCAAAAAGCUGUGUUUUCGAAGUGGGUCAACGUCGGGGUGACUCCUAAUGUACUUGCCAAGCUGCUCCAUCGAGCUGGCAAACACCAUCGUCAUCACGACCCCACUGGGACGGUAGUACAAAGCUACAAGGCGUUUUACGAAGAGUUCCAGGCGAACACCAAUCGUCGCUGGGUCGAGUAG